AUGGGAAACUAUCUAAACUUUCGAAAAGUUCUAAUGGAGGAGAUCGGAGGUAAUCAACUUAUUCCUGGCCAGCAGUUCUGCCCCAUGGACGAUGAGUUAGUUCUCUUCUAUCUGAAGCCCUUGUUGAGUGGGGAGAACGUGCCCGGCAGAAACCAAGUGGUGUUCGAUUGCGACCUCUACGGUCAGCAAGAACCAUGGGAGAUAUGGGAGUCCUUCAAAACCAGGAGACCGCACGACUUGCGGCUUCACAAGGACAUCUACUUCUUCACCCAACACAAGAAGAUGAGUUCCACAGACAAGCGCAUACGCCGGAAUGUGGGAAGUGGCACCUGGCAUAGUGACGACUCCGGCAAGCCGGUAAGAUCUGUUGAAACUGGUCGUGUUGUUGGCUUAAAGAGAAGACUAACUUACAAUAACGAAGAAUCGGUGCAGGAUGGUUGUUGGAUUAUGCAUGAAUACUCCCUUGAUCGAUCAUUAAGGGACAAGAAACAGAAGGUGAAAGACUACGUUAUUUGCCUACUGCGAAAGAAUGGUGAACCGAACACCAAGAUCGGCAAGAAGAGAAAGCAACGUGAAGCGAAAGAGUUUCUUGAAGAAAAUUCUGCCAUUUAUAACGCCCCACAAACAAUGCUAUCAGAAGAUGAUGAUGCUGCAUUCGUAGCUGAUCUUGAAGAGUCUUUGGAAUGCAUUGAAGAUGAAAAUGCACCCUCUUCAGAACCAAUCUACUUUGAGGAGAAUGGUGGACAACAACCAUUAGCAGCCAAUCAUGGAAACUUUAAUGUGCUGCCGUGGGAUAAUUUUCUCUUGAAGGAAUUCGUAGAAGGAUUGAGUAUGGAGCAGAUGGAGGAAUAUCUUCUUAAUGGUGUGAGUAGUGAUAUAGAUGUGGCUGCGGCCUACGACGUGAUUGGCUUUGAGGAUGGUGUGUGUAUGUCUGAGCCUUUGGUGCCUGCUUGUGAGCAACAGAUUACAGCUGAUGAUGAUAUCUCAGACUGCUUGGGGUCAAUUGAUUUCAGUCCUGAGGCAAACAACUUCCCUUGCGGUGGUGAAAUGCAAAUGAAUUCGUAA